CAGCAUUAAUACUAUACUGGCAACUUAUUUUAGUGACGGUUAGAUUGGAGUCUAACCAUCUCCCCACGCAAUACAGUGCGAUACUAUGAUUCAACUCCACUCUAUCUGCAAGAUCAAACUCCCAUCCAUAAAGUGCAUUGUAGGAGUUUUUGGACAAGACCUACUUCAUAAUAGCGAUGAAACGUCUCAGGCCUUGGACAUCUAGAUAACUUUCCAAUGGAGUGUGUGUUUUGACUUUGAAGACUGAAGAACAUCAUGGCCAAAGAUAGUCUGAUCAAUCAAACCGUAGAAUCCUUAGGCUGCCAUCUUAGCUGGCCCGAGCUGCGUGGCUGUGUGGCAGAUAAGCAAACUCUCCUUCGAGAGCAAGGAAUCCUUGCCGGUGACGACUGGGACUACAACGACCGUCCCACCUACUACACGGCCGUCCGGAAUCUGCAGGGAUUCGUAGCCUUCCACCUGAGUGACUACCAAAAGGCCCUGGGGUUCUUUAACGAUGUCUUGGACAAGGACAAGAGGAACAUCAACGCCCUGGGAAACAUGGCUUUCUUGCACAAAAAGCUCUGCAAGAUGGACAAAUACAGACAGUACCACGGUCAGCUUACUGAAAUUUUGGCACUAACCUGUAACGCCGAGAGAGCCAUGGCCUAUGCGGACAAGGCCCAUGCAAUUCGUUUCCUCGAGCACAAACGUUGUUUCAGGUACAUGAGGUUCAUCGAGAGAGCAGUGACCAUAGGAAGGGAGUGCGAUGGCCCACAGAGAGCAGAAUGGCUCUUCGACUAUGCUUUAGCUUUGUACAAGCGGGACUUUCAUAUGCUGUACCUCAGACAACUCGCCAGUGAAGCUCUUUUUGUGCCCGAGCAUUCCGAGUGGUACUCUGAAGAGCGGAUCUCAAAUGGAUUUAAAGAGGCCUGCCGAUUUUUCCUAGAAGUAGCACGCAACAGUACCUCCAGGGAUUACCAAGCUUUGUCCUGGGUGUUCUUGGGGAUCCUUGUCAAUCACGACCCGGAACACAGAAGCAUCGCCAAGGCAUUCAUUGAUGAACCGGACCUCCAGGACCUAACAGCAGAAAAGUGCUUCGAGAAGGGUUUGGAGAUGCUCCCAGAACAUGCCGUUCUAAUCCGUAGGGUAGGUUCUGAAUAUGUCAAGCUAGGAAAUUACGAAAAGGCCAGGCCCUUGCUGGAGAAAUCCCUCAGUAAAACCAGAUCACAAUUUGUCUAUCGAUUUCGAGCGCUCAUGUUCUUAGGUAUGUAUGAAAGAACCACGGAUAAACAGACUGAUCAGGCAAGGGAAUUCCUUCAGAAGGCUAUCGAAGAUUUCACUUGCGCUAUCGAAAUGAGGAAGUACCCAGCUGACUACUCAGACCUGGGGUACGUUUACUAUCUCCUUGGAAAUAUUGACGAGGCAAUAUCCAAUUUUCCCCACGCAAUUGACAGCGAGCACGACCAUUUCUUCGACCCGGUGCAGACCCACAAGCGAUGGGCCAAGUGCCUGGAUGAGCUGAACGACCAAGAAGGAAGCCGUCUACAGCUUGAGGAGGCUGAAAAAAUCCGGGAGGAGAUCUUGAAGACACCCCUCGCCGAAGAUCACUCGGUCGACUUCAACGAUGACUUCGACUACUACAGCACCGUGGAGAAACUGGGCUACGUGCGUAUCCUUGAGGACUACCACUUCGUAGCACCUCCGCCACCGAACACCAAGCAGAACAGGACGCAGCGCAAGUACCCUUAUGACUUCUUCGUGUGGCACGCGGACAGAGACAGUCGAUGGACCGAGGUCUUCGUCCACAAGUUGGAGUCAGAGCACGGACUCCUGGGCUGCAUGGAGCAGCGAGACUUUCACUUGGGAAGGAGCGUCCUUAAUGAGUUCCUGAGGUGUCUGAAGGAGAGCUACAAAUUCGUGAUCGUCCUUACUCCCCAUCCCUCGAGUCCCAGUUGUGAGGGCACUGUCCCAAGGGGCGAGGGGUGGGAGUCCUACGUCAUCGACCAGGCGGUCUUCGAGGGCAACAAAUGCGUCAGAGGGCAUCUUCGGGAGUACAUCCUGCCCGUCUUGCUUCGAGAUUGCAACAUACCCGAAACGCUCCAGACGGUUAACGCCAUCAAGUGCAAAGAGGGCCAGAUUCUGAAGGAACAGUGGGUCGACCUGGUGCAGAAACUCGCCCAAGAGGUCUAGUUCGGAUGCUUCCUUGGAGAAAGUAUCACCAGCGGCGUUGGGUUGGGCGAUGGUUAGGUGCAAAGUGUUUGGUUAGGAAAACCGUGAUACCAUUUUCUGAUUGAUGGAUGUACCGCCCUCUAUCCUCAGGCAUCUCAUUAUUGCACUGGUCUGGCGCGAAAUAGAAGUAUGGCGCCCUCUUUCCAAUAAAUUAGUUCAGUGUUUCCAGACUUCCGCACAUGACAAGGCUGAUACGCUUGAACUGAAUUUAAUACCCAUUACUUCUCCCCACAACUGUGAUUCAUCAACUGUAAUGUCAAAAAUAACUGUGGGCUUCUGCACUUAAAAAAAGGGUCGACAAAUAGGUUUAUUAUGUAAACCAAUGUUUGUCAACACCGUAUAACAACUGCCGUCACUCUUUGGCAAAUUCUUCCCAAUAGUUGGUCAAUGUGUACCCGAAAACACCAACAUUGGUAAUUAAGUGUAUACCAAGGUUGGGCAAAUAACAUUGCCCAACACAGUUUUGUACCAAACUUUUUUGACAGUGCAACAAAAUAAGGACUAAUCCUUUCAUUGGAUUUUUUUUUUGAUUUCGGGGUGUUAUAGACCUCAGCGCCAUUGGACCCCAAAAAAAUCAUGACGUCAUCAAAGUGUAGCCAAGCCGUACGUCCGUUAGUGGUCCUGGAAACAUGAUUCAGAAAAAAGGAAGCCAUUUUCCUUCAGUCACGAUUGUAGACUGGGAUAAAAUCGACCAAAAUAAAAGUCAACAUGAUUCCGGGCAAAGUUCGUGCAGGAGAAACGCGUCACAUUUCCUUCCUUUGUGUACUUAGCAAACUGACAGACGCACAACC